AUGACAUCCUCGUUGCAACUCGGAUCGAUGCCGUCCUUCGGAAUGGUCACAUCGAAUCCGUCGUCAACAACCACUCCGUACAACAACACCAACACCGCCAACAAUAAUACCCGUCAAGAGCUGAACAACUACUUCUACAACGCACCUCACCAGUACUACCAGCAAAUGCUCGACCAGACCGCAAAUCCCCUCGUCAACCCGCACCACUACCAUCCCAACAUCGCCACCAAUAACCCCAGCAACACCAUGACCAACAACACGAGCAAUGCCGUCAACCCCUAUCACCCCUACCAUCAACCCAAUCAUUAUCAGUUAUCAUCUCAUAAUGCUGCUGCUGCAGCCGCUGCUGCCACAUAUCCGAUACAUUCGUAUUUCUUCGGUUCGUGCUGA